UUCCUAGUGUUUCCUGUUAGCUUGCGGUCCUCGCUGUUCGCUAACAGACUUUCCCUCCGAUGGCAAACAGAACAGUUAAAGAUGCAAACAGCAUCCACGGAACCAACCCACAGUACCUGGUGGAGAAAAUCAUCCGGACUCGAAUCUAUGAGUCCAAAUACUGGAAGGAGGAAUGUUUCGGCCUGACCGCUGAGCUGGUGGUGGACAAAGCCAUGGAGCUGAAGUUUGUGGGAGGAGUUUAUGGCGGGAACAUCAAGCCCACCCCAUUCCUCUGCCUCACGCUGAAGAUGCUGCAGAUCCAGCCGGAGAAAGACAUCAUCGUAGAGUUCAUCAAGAACGAGGAUUUUAAAUACGUCCGUCUGUUGGGAGCCAUGUACAUGAGGCUGACCGGUACCGCCGUGGACUGCUACAAGUAUCUGGAACCGCUCUACAACGACUACAGAAAGAUCAAGAGUCAGAACAGGAACGGAGAGUUCGAGCUGAUGCAUGUGGACGAGUUCAUCGAUGAGCUUCUUCACGCAGAGAGAGUCUGUGACAUCAUCCUGCCCCGCCUCCAGAAGAGACAAGUUCUGGAGGAAGCGGAGAUGUUGGACCCCAGGAUCAGCGCCUUGGAGGAGGACCUGGAUGAAGUAGAGAGCAGCGAGGAGGAAGACGAAGAGGAAGAGAAGUUUGAACGGCUACCGAGCCCUGAGCCUCACAGACGGAGCCACCGUGACAACGAUCGGCCGCGCCGCUCCCCGUCGCCUCGUUACCGACGCAGCCGCUCUCCCCGACGGAGGAGCAGAUCUCCGAAGAGGAGAAGCCCGUCGCCUCGGAGAGACCGCCAUCGCAGCAAGAGCCCCCGGAGGCACCGCAGCCGCUCCAGAGACAGGCGGCACCGCUCCAAAUCGCCCGGUCACCACAGGAGUCACAGACAUCGCAGCCAUUCCAAGACCCCAGAGAGGAGCUCCAAGAAGAGCCACAAGAAAAGCCGAAGAGGAAACGACUGACCUCCCCCUUUUUAAACAUUUGUUUACUUUUUGCCCCCCCUCCAAUCUUUUACUGGAUGUGUUUUAAACAGUUUCAGGUUCAGAUAUCUGCACCAUUGAUGGUUCUUAUCUGAAGCUGUCCCAGGCUGGUUCUGUUCACCUGGUCUGAAGGUUCCACAUCAGUCUGGAGCUCAGAUCCAGAUGUUUUCAGUUAUUUCUUAUUAAACUGUGUAAAUAGAGAA